AUGGAUGGUAAUACACCUCCUGUUGAUCCUGAGGGGAUCGUGGAAUCCUCGAUCCCCAAAAUCCAACUGCCAAUGGAAUCUGUUCAGCCAAGGCAGGAAGUACCUAGCUCUACAGACGAAGUUUUAGGAGAACUGUUGGAUACUACUUCCAGCCGGGUUGAUGAUGUUAAUCCAACAAUCUCUAGACCCUCUGAUCCGCUGCAUGUGACACAACCACAAAGGUUGAGACGGCCCAGUGGCAUGUUAAUGGGACCUAACGACCCGUUCUUUCAGGAGAUGCAAACACAGUCUAGAUACAAUGAAGCUGGUCAUGCACGGUAUGAUUUGAUUGGCCCGUUUGGAAGAGAGCCAGACCCAGAUAUUGAUCUUCCUCCAGGAAUACCAUCGCUACCAAAAAGGGGCGGUGGGUUCCCGGCACCUGGGCCAGGAAGAUUCGGUGGCGGAUUUGGCGGAUUCUUCCCUUAG